AUGUCUUCCUCUAAUUCUAACUCUUCUGAUGAAGAUUAUUACACUGAUAUUAAUUCCGAUUCAUUCAAUAAUUCGGAUGAUUCUAAUUAUUCUCCAGCUGCCAAAAAACAUAAAAAAAUUAACAAGCUUUUAAAAAAAUUUAAUGAGGAAGAAGAAAAUGAAUUUUUGGAUUGUCUUGGUAACCCGAGAUUCAAUCCAGAUGAGUUACAUCAUCCCCGUUCAUCGGAAUGGUGUCCAUCAAUUGAUGUUGCGAAAUUUAUUGAUUUUCAGCUUCGCAAACCUCUAAAGAAACAAGCUAGAAAUAAAAUGAGAGCAGAAUGCCCUCACCCCCUUCUUCCAAAAAAUGCUGCCCUCACUCCUGAGGUGGACCCCAAAGUUUUGAAAUUUAUUGGAGCCCCUGGGUAUAAAUUAAAAAAGGGUAUUGACAGAUCGUGGAAGAUUUGUCAAGUUAAGCUUCUUGACACUGUAGGUCCCCUAACUAAACUGUUUGAAUUAUCUGAAAUGGGAGUUGCUGAAAAUGCUCCGUUGGACCCUUUUGUGGUUAGAGAAUGGGUCCAAAGACUCCUUUGCUUUGUGGGUAAUACCAACUCUGCCAUGUCUCUUGAGAGAUGUCGUAAUAUUCUCCGAAAGAUCGACCUGAAAAUAUGUGACUUUGCUUCUAAUAGUAUUGCUUCAGAUAACAAUGGUCUUCUUUUUGGAGACUCUUAUUUAAAGGAGUUGAAUCAAUAUGUCAACACCUUUUCCAACCAAAAUAAGGGGAGACUGCAGAGCAAAGCCACAGAGGAAAAGUGGCAGGCACCAGAUCCACAUUUUACCCUAUCAUUAAAGGAACACGACAGGACAGAGAAGCAGCUUUUGAGCAGAAAUUAUUCCUGCAAAAGUACAGCACAGAUGGCAUCUGUUUGGUGGCUCCUGCUCCUUGGCACAGCUUUGUCAUACACAGUGAUGGCAGAAGAACAGCCUGUGACAAUGGAAGAGAUCCAGUCUGAAGAUAACCAGGAAUUGGACAGUAUCCUGCAGAGAGCCCAUGGAGAAGGGAUACGAGAUAUCCUCCAGAGGAUAGAGAAAGGAACUCAAAAUGAUGAAGAGUCUGAGAACCCAGCCCCUGCAAGGAUCUCGAGACACCAACACCCAGGGAAGAAGAGACACCAACACCCAGGGAAGAAUAGACACCAACACCCAGGGAAGAAUAGACACCAACACCCAGGGAAGAUACUUCGGGACGGCAUAGAAAAGAGGCAGCAUCCAGGAAGGAGAUCUUCCUUAGGUGAUCAGUACCUAGAUAAUCCCAGACACCAAAACCCAGGGAAGAUACUUCGGGACGGCAUAGAAAAGAGGCAGCAUCCAGGAAGGAGAUCUCCCUUAGGUGAUCAGUACCUAGAUAAUCCCAGACACCAAAACCCAGGGAAGAUACUUCGGGACGGCAUAGAAAAGAGGCAGCAUCCAGGAAGGAGAUCUCCCUUAGGUGAUCAGUACCUAGAUAAUCCCAGACACCAAAACCCAGGGAAGAUACUUCGGGACGGCAUAGAAAAGAGGCAGCAUCCAGGAAGGAGAUCUCCCUUAGGUGAUCAGUACCUAGAUAAUCCCAGACACCAAAACCCAGGGAAGAUACUUCGGGACGGCAUAGAAAAGAGGCAGCAUCCAGGAAGGAGAUCUUCCUUAGGUGAUCAGUACCUAGAUAAUCCCAGACACCAAAACCCAGGGAAGAUACUUCGGGACGGCAUAGAAAAGAGGCAGCAUCCAGGAAGGAGAUCUCCCUUAGGUGAUCAGUACCUAGAUAAUCCCAGACACCAAAACCCAGGGAAGAUACUUCGGGACGGCAUAGAAAAGAGGCAGCAUCCAGGAAGGAGAUCUCCCUUAGGUGAUCAGUACCUAGAUAAUCCCAGACACCAAAACCCAGGGAAGAUACUUCGGGACGGCAUAGAAAAGAGGCAGCAUCCAGGAAGGAGAUCUCCCUUAGGUGAUCAGUACCUAGAUAAUCCCAGACACCAAAACCCAGGGAAGAUACUUCGGGACGGCAUAGAAAAGAGGCAGCAUCCAGGAAGGAGAUCUCCCUUAGGUGAUCAGUACCUAGAUAAUCCCAGACACCAAAACCCAGGGAAGAUACUUCGGGACGGCAUAGAAAAGAGGCAGCAUCCAGGAAGGAGAUCUCCCUUAGGUGAUCAGUACCUAGAUAAUCCCAGACACCAAAACCCAGGGAAGAUACUUCGGGACGGCAUAGAAAAGAGGCAGCAUCCAGGAAGGAGAUCUCCCUUAGGUGAUCAGUACCUAGAUAAUCCCAGACACCAAAACCCAGGGAAGAUACUUCGGGACGGCAUAGAAAAGAGGCAGCAUCCAGGAAGGAGAUCUCCCUUAGGUGAUCAGUACCUAGAUAAUCCCAGACACCAAAACCCAGGGAAGAUACUUCGGGACGGCAUAGAAAAGAGGCAGCAUCCAGGAAGGAGAUCUCCCUUAGGUGAUCAGUACCUAGAUAAUCCCAGACACCAAAACCCAGGGAAGAUACUUCGGGACGGCAUAGAAAAGAGGCAGCAUCCAGGAAGGAGAUCUCCCUUAGGUGAUCAGUACCUAGAUAAUCCCAGCACUUCAUUUGACUUGCUGUCUGAGGUUACCAAGAGGCAACAUCCAGGCAAGAGGAGCUUUCCCUACACCAAACGCCAACAUCCAGGCAAGAGAAAUGGGGAAGAUGAGGAAACUUCAAAAAAGGAUGUCCCUGAGGAUAUAGAGAAGCGUCAACACCCAGGCAAGAGGUACCUAGAACCAUAUAACAUUGAAUACCUUUCCCCAUGUAAGGGGCCAGAUCUUUUUACUAAUGAGUGUUUAGCAACAGAAGUAUGA